AUGUGGCAAAGAAUUGUGAUUUGCUGUGCGCUGCUUGAGCUCUGUUCGGCGGCACCGCCCGCUCACAUCAACCGUCUGGCACUGUUCCCUGACAAGAGUGCUUGGUGCGAGGCCAAGAACAUCACACAGAUAGUCGGGCACACCGGCUGCCAGCCUCGCUCUAUCCAAAACAGGUCAAUAUGGAGCACACACACACACACUCACUCAAGUCCAUACAACACAUGCAGAGGCAUUUCAUAUGAUAUUCAAGAGGGUGACUGACUCACUUUAAUAAUGAAAAGCAGGAAUGAAGUUUGACUUUGAAUGGCCAAAUAUCACUAUAAUUUGAAUGUGCACAGGUCACCUCCAAACAGAAUCAAAGCAGCCAUGAAAUAUACAGAUACUGUAUAUAAGCUGAAUGGUGACGUCUUUCCUCCCUCUAUCCCCCCUCUCUUUCCUCCCUCUCUCCCCCCCUCUCUUUCCUCCCUCUCUCCCCUAUCAUCUCAGGGCGUGUCUGGGGCAGUGCUUCAGCUACAGUGUCCCAAACACCUUCCCCCAGUCCACCGAGUCCCUGGUGCACUGUGACUCCUGCAUGCCUGCACAGACACAGUGGGAAGUGGUAAGUUCGCACGCACAUGCACAUGCACACAAACCCCAGCUAAUGCAACACUACUCUUUCAAUAUAAACACAUAAACAUAUAGCCCACAGAAACACAUUACCACAACCACAAUUGAUCCUGCAUUUAAUUCAUCUGAGGUUUCCCUUGUCGUCUGUAAUGGGCCUGUCUGUCUAGUAGCCAGGGAUUCCAGAGCCCAGGAACAACAAAGGCCCUGUGUUGAGGUGUAUGUAGUUUGGAGAGCAGCCAGACAAGUAGGAUAGGAGUGGGUCUGGGACCACAGGUGAUGUGACUUCAUGCGUCAAGAGAAAAAGCUUGACAUACAUGUUAUAUACUGUAUACAAUAUUGAAAAAUAAAUGGAAGCAGACUCAUGUGCAUUAUCAAUCCCGCUGUUGAUAAAUUAAUUAUGACUAUGAUUAUGACCAUUUUGAUCCACAUAAUCCUGAUGUCUAAGGUCUCUCUUUGAUAAUGGAAUGCAUUUUUUCUGGAUUUUUAUAGUUUGGCUAAAAGCAGUUAUGUUCCCCUGAGCAUAAAAGCGUGCAGAGUUUUUUGUUUUCUCAAGAUUUACAAUUCUGCCAUUUAUUUUCAUGGUCUCAAACCAUAAUGGUGCAUUGUCAAAUUAUUUCAGCUGUGUCAAGCGUGACUGAAUUCCUGAAAUCACAACAUGACUCAGGGAUACAUUGUUUGAAGAUGGAUACUGAGGUUUUGUCUCUGCCAGAGACUGACAUGUGUGGGAGACUCUGUAGGAGAGUCCGGCAGUGCUUGUCCAUUUUCCUGUGUGUGUGUGUGUGUGUUUGUGUGUAUGCCGUGCAUGUGUGUUUGGGGUUGGAGGGGGGGUAUGUGUGUGUAUGUUUUUUGUGUGUAAUGCAUUGUGCAUUGUGUUUGUGUGUAGGUGACUCUGGAAUGCCCCGGCAGUGAGGACGCUCCUCGUGUGGAUAAACUGGUGGAGAAGAUCCUCCACUGCAGCUGCCAGUCCUGCAGUAAGGAGGGAGCCCAGGAGGGGGCAGUGAUGCAGCUCUACCCAUCAGAGAGCGCCCAGGACCCACCUACCCUACCAGAGAUCCACCACGGCGGCUCACCCCCUCACCCUCACACAGACACACACUCUCAGCAUGCUCACAAACACACAGAGCUACACCCGCACACACACACAUCUGAUGGA